AAAAAAACAUGAGAUUGAUUUCUUCUACUUUCCUUCAACUCUCCCACUCUAAAAUGGCGCCUCAGCUUCUCUCCUCCCGUACCUUCAAAUCUCUCUUUGACUCUGUCGACACUAAACUUUUUGACUGCGAUGGUGUUAUAUGGAAGGGUGAAACGCUCAUCGAUGGCGUCUCCCAAACUCUCGACCUAAUCCACUCUAAGGCACUUGACCUUUUCCCACUCUUCUCCCCCUCUCUCUCUCUCUCUCUCUCUCUCUCUCUCUCUCUAUGAUGAUUUUUGUGUCAGGGUAAAAAUGUUGUCUUUGUGACAAACAAUUCGGUCAAAUCGAGGAGGCAAUACGCUGAAAAGUUCCGAUCUUUGGGUCUUUCUUCUGUUACUCAGGAUGAGAUCUUCUCUCCCUCAUUUGCCGCAGCUAUGUACCUCAAAGUCAACAAUUUCCCUAAGGACAAGAAGGUUUAUGUGAUUGGUGGAGAGGGUGUUCUUGAGGAGCUGCAGAUUGCUGGUUUUACAGGUCUUGGUGGUCCCAUAUUGGCCCUGAGUGUUAAAACCAGCCAAACAUUGGAUACUUCGAGUUCCUCAGCAGUAUUUCUCUCCGGCGGAUUCUCUUACUAUUACUUAGCAUCCGGCAACAAUCUGGUUUAUCUGGAUCAAGCUAAGGAAGAGACUGGACCAAAAACAGCUCUAAACCCUGAUAAAUGGCUCGAGUUCAAGCUUUAAGACACUGCUAGAGUUAGCCACAACACCCAGUUGUUCAGGUUCUCAUUUGAGCCCUCAGCUGAACUGGGUCUACAUGUUGCUUCUUGUCUCCUGACAAGGGCUCCUUUAGGCUAUAAUGCUGAAGG